UUUCGCUUCCGGGGCAGGAAUAUUUUUUCUGUGUUGCUGUCGUUUUUCUGCUGUCCACAUUGCAGGUUGCAGUAAAAUAGUCACGUUUUGAUUUUCGAUGCCGACAGUGCGAUAUUUGACGGCUGAAUCACAAUAAUGGGAUAUACAUUGACUGUCAGCAGAGCCAGGCGAGCAACAAGGACAUUGUGGCUGUUGUUGCUUGUCAGUCUGUCUAUAUGCAUAUGUGUUUGCAAUGCAUCAUCUCAAGAGGACAGUGCCAUGGAGAACAUCGUAACAGAGAAGAAGGUGGAAGAAAGCCACAGGCAGGAUAGUGUAGAUUUGCUCAUCUUCAUCAUGCUUCUCACCCUUACUAUUUUAACUAUUUGGCUAUUCAAGCACCGACGAUUCCGAUUCUUACACGAGACAGGACUGGCGAUGAUCUAUGGUGUACUGGUUGGUGUGGUGCUGCGCUAUGCCAUCCAUGUUCCCCGUGACAUCAGCGCUGCCACCCUGAACUGCCAUGUUAAUGCCAGCCCUGCCACCCUUCUUGUGAACAUCAGUGGCAGAUUCUACGAGUACACUCUGAACGGAGAGAUCAGUGCCAACGUGUUGGAUGAUGUGCAGGAUAACGAGAUGCUGAGAAAGGUAACCUUUGACCCGGAAGUGUUCUUCAACAUCCUACUGCCUCCGAUCAUCUUCCACGCUGGCUACAGCCUCAAAAGGAGACAUUUCUUUCUAAACAUGGGAUCCAUCCUGGCCUAUGCCUUCAUGGGAACAUUGGUUUCCUGUUUUGUCAUCGGACUCCUGAUGUACGGCUUCGUGACUCUAAUGAAGCAUGUGGGGCAACUGGGUGAAGACUUUUUCUUCACAGACUGCCUCUUCUUCGGGGCCAUCCUCUCAGCCACAGACCCUGUGACUGUCCUGGCCAUAUUCAAUGAGCUGCAGGUGGAUGUGGAUCUCUACGCCCUGCUGUUCGGGGAAAGUGUCCUCAACGACGCUGUGGCGGUGGUGCUGUCUUCGUCCAUCGUGGCCUAUCAGCCCCAGGGGGAUAACAGCCACACCUUUGAAGUCAUGGCCGUGCUCAAGUCGCUGGGCGUCUUCCUCGGGGUCUUCAGUGGUUCUUUUGCCCUGGGGGUGGCUACUGGCGUGAUGACAGCUCUUGUGACCAAAUUCACCAAGCUGAGGGACUUUCAGCUGCUGGAGACAGCUCUGUUCUUCCUCAUGUCUUGGAGCACAUUCCUUCUGGCAGAGGCCUGUGGCUUCACAGGUGUUGUAGCGGUGCUGUUUUGUGGAAUUACCCAGGCCCAUUACACCUACAACAACCUGUCCCCAGAGUCCCAGAUCAGAACCAAACAGUUGUUUGAGCUGCUGAAUUUCCUGGCAGAGAACUUCAUUUUCUCCUACAUGGGCCUGACGCUGUUCACCUUCCAGAACCACGUGUUCAACCCCAUGUUCAUCAUCGGAGCUUUCGUGGCUGUGUUCAUUGGCAGGGCUUGCAACAUCUACCCCCUCUCCUUCCUCCUCAACCUGGGCCGUCGCAACAAGAUCCGCUCCAACUUCCAGCACAUGAUGAUGUUUGCUGGACUGCGCGGGGCGAUGACCUUCGCCCUGUCCAUCAGGGACACGGCCACCUACGCUCGCCGGAUGAUGUUCUCCACCACGCUGCUGGUGGUCUUCUUCACCGUCUGGGUCUGCGGAGGAGGCACCACCCAGAUGCUCUCCUGCCAGCGCAUUCGAGUGGGGGUGGACGCCGACCAAGAUAAUCUGAGUGUAAAUGAAGGUUCAGAGAGGAGAAGCACCAAACAGGAGAGUGCCUGGCUGUUCCGGAUCUGGUACACCUUCGACCACAACUAUCUGAAGCCCAUCCUGACUCACAGCGGCCCACCUCUCACCGCCGUGAUGCCCACCUGCUGUGCCCCCCUAGCCCGCUGCCUCACCAGCCCCCAGGCCUAUGAGAACGAGUGCCAGCUGCAGGACGACGACUCUGACCUCAUCCUGACGGACGGCGACAUCAGCCUGACCUACGGCGACGUCACCAUCAGCACCGACGCCACCGGCGCCUACACCACCAGCGGCGGGCCGGCUGGCCUCCCCAGCGGCACGGCCAACGCCUCCUUCAGCGAGGAGCUGGACCGCGAGCUGACGUGCGGCGACCAGGAGCUGGUGAUGCGGGGCACGCGGCUGGUGCUCCCCAUGGACGACUCUGAGCCCCCCUUCACAGACCACCACCGCCCGCGGAUCUGAUCCCAUCCCCCCCCAUCUCUGCGUCACACCUCCCCCCCCCCCCCCCCCCCCCCCCCCCACACUCCAGUGGAGCCGGGAGCCGGUGGACUUCUCAAACUUCUUCUUCUUUCUUAAAACUUCUCGCACCUUUUGCAUUUCUAACUCUCUACCGUUAAUCACUCCUAAAUCCGCUCAUCACUGCUUAAGGGGACUCCCCAUCUCUACCUCAUUCUCGUUCUGCUCCUUCUUCCCCCCUUGCCUGGGCGUCCACCGUACCUGUGAUGUAUGUCUUUCUUUAUUAGUUAGUUGGUUUUGUUUUUUAAAUAUUCCAUUCUUAAGUUUCGCUUUGAAUGUGUGGCAAUCACCUCACCAGUAACCAAUGCACAGAGGUCCAACAGCAUGCGUUUGGUCAAAGAACAUCGCCAGUUAAUUUACAUGUAAUCGCAAUUCCCCACUAUAACUUUGAUUAUGCAUGCAAAGGACGGUGGCUUGAUUUGGACGUUUUCGGGAACUAGGGUUUGUUGAUCUGGCGACCGAAUGUCGCUGCCCUCUCUUGUAGUCAGGGCCUAGCUGCGACCCAGUGGCUCCACCUGUCUAACCCUACAUUUGAUUUACAAUCAAGUGCCUGGUGGUUGUAGCUCUAUGCCUAGUCAACCCGUUCCUGGGUUUCCGAGGUGCCGGAAUGUUUUUUUUUGAAUGGGCAGUUUGUGGAUGGGCAGGUCCUGCAAUUGUAGUUUUUUUGGGCGGGCGAUUCAAAAUAUCUGCUCUGUCUGUAUGGUAGCAUUGUACUCCAUGGAGUUUUUCCGUCCGUGUUAUGUGCUUGUACAAUAGGCCACGAUGUGAUGCCACUGACUGAGCACAGAAGAGGCGGAUCCCUCCCAGUGACCUUUGGCUGUGAUUCAGAGAGGGAUUUGACACCUUAUUUUAGAAGCGGGGCCUGCUCUCGGGAGAUUGGAGGGUCUGUUGUUUUUGAGUGAUGAGAUCCAACUACAGUCCUAAUAGUCAAGGCUAGAGACAUUUAUUUGUCCUGCAUUUGGAACGUUUUAUGAGGGGGGGGAAAGGGAGGAGCUAAAUGCGGAUGACUUCCAGUGUUUUCUAUCCUCUUUGCAACUUGGCUUCAGUACCAUGAGCUAGUUACAAAAUGAUCAUACAUGUAGCAUUGUCUACAUUUUAUAUUACAAUCGUGCUGCACACUCUUGUGCUGGAGUGUAUCCAUUUUUUUGUGUCCCUUUUUGAAACAAAGAUUCCCUUCCUGAAAUGUUGAUCAAUUUAAUGUAGCUGAAUAUUCAAGCCGAUGUGAUUGGUAGUCCGACAACAAUUUGAGUUGGGAGAGAAAUGCAGACUUAUGGUUUUGAUGUUCAUCUAUUUGAGUUCAACGCAUCAUCAUCAUCAUCAAUACAGAGUCGUUGAUAUAGAUGAGCAUGCAUGACAACGACUGCAGGCCCAAGCCAAUGAUUAAUUCCACUGAAUUCAGAUGACUGUAUUAGCACUGCGUUUCCCCUGGUUGGAUCCUCUCUGAUACAAUGAGGUGUUACAGGAUUGCAUAUAAGCAGCCGUGUCAAAUGUAUUGCACAUAACGUAUGGGUACCAUUUCUUUGGACGUUUCAUACAUUUAAAUGAAAAGAUUUAUGUAAAUAAAUAUUUAAAAUAAUUCUUUUUAUAGGUUGUGUGCGGCCAGAUAAUGUAAAAUCUCUGUAGCGCGUGCAGUGGGUUGCUGCCGACUCCUUUCUCCCGGUUGUUUGGUGUGGUCUAAAAGGCAGGAAGUGUUGACAGACUGUCGCCGGGGUAACACGGUGUUGAUGUUGAGGGAAGCGGGCCAGCUGCCAGACAUGGCUAACAGGGUGGUUUAGAAUAAAAGCCGUAGCACUUCAGCCCGCGGGGAGAUAAGAACAGUUGGCCCCUUGCUGAGUUUAGAGCUAAACGAUAGCAGUGGGUGGGGUUGAGGAAGCAAGGGAAUGGAAAUGGAGGUUUGUCAGUGGAUGGGAGGGGAUUGGGGGGGGGGGGGAAGCUGGAGGGGAUGGUGUUUUGCCUUUCACUGUUAUCUUCUGCUGUGCAGGAAUGUUCAUGACUUCAUUUUCUGUCCCUCCACAUUGCAUCGUGAAGGAAAUUGUUCAUUUUUAUGUGUUAUUUUAUGUUUUUUUACUAUGAAUAUUUUAUUGUGAGGAAGGGGAGCGAUGACGUUGACAGGCAUGAGAUUUAGCCAUUUUGCACUCCUUUGAGAAUUUCUGUUUUUUUUUUAUUUGUUUUGUUUAUUAGUUUUGUCGAUUGUCUUGCUAUGAUGUGUCUUAUCCGAGUGCUGCUUAUGAAUUAUUUCGCUUAUGUUUUGGAAGGUGGUGGAACCCAAAUAAUGAUUCAUGUCAAUCUGCAGUCAAAAACCUUUUUGAUUUAUCACUCUGUCAAAAUAUAUAUUUACAUAUAAUUAUAACAUUUCCUAAAAUUAAGGUUGAAGUGAGAAUUUUAAGUAGAAGCAUACUUCAAUUUGCCAUAUUUAUCAUUAAACCGUUCAGGCCAUUGUAAUGAAUUCUAGAAAAGAACAGAAACGUAUAUUCCUGUUUGCCCAUCCAUGACCUUUUCCAGAGCGUGACUCGCUCUCAUUCACUCUCCAUAAGUCUUACAUUCUGCGGGGGAAAAAUCAAAAGAAAACUUGUACGCCGCUAUUUUUGGAUGAUCAACCGAUACCAUAUUUGCAUAGGCCCAUAUAGGUCUACAUACUUGCCUGUACUGCUCUGCCAGUAUAUGUUCUCUCCAUGUACCCUGAAUGGUAACUAAACUUGUGAUUGGGGUCAAUCAAUUGUGUCUGAUGUAGCUGACCGAAGGGUCUUACCGUGCCCUGCGUAUACACUGCAAAGUGUGUUUGUGAGAGCGAGCCAGAGAAUCUUAAUGUCUAAGUGAUCUGUACUCACACUUAAGAGUGUGUGUGUAUGUUGGAGAAUUCUGUGUGCAUGAGAGAGCGAGAGAGGGCGAGAGAGAGAGAAAGACUAUGUGCCGUCUCUCUUCCUCGGUGAUGCAGGUACGGAGUGUUUACAUCAUCUGUGUAACUAUACCCUCACCUGUUCAUGUGUGUGCAACGUCUAAUAAACAGAACCCUGUGCUUUUGAUUGAAA